AGAGCAGAAAGAAAGAAGAGCUUUCUGACUUUCUUCCUCCUCUUGGUUUUGUUAGUGUGUGGGGUACAGUGGUAUCGUAGUAGAGCUGGCAGGUGUUGGUGUAGCUGAGAAAAGAUUCUUACCUCUACAACUAGAAUUGUGUUUCUCGAGUAAAAUUGCCCUCCUCUGAGCACAAUGUUACGGCGGAGACCCUCAAAUGCCUCAGAGAAGGAGCAGGCCCAGGUGCAAAAGAAGAAGUUGACACUGCAGAGGUCCAGCAGCUUUAAAGACUUCAUGAAGCCCAAGCCAUCUUCACCUGUGGUGAAUCCUGAGCUCACCCUGGAAGAGUCGCUGCCAGAGGGUGAAGUCCAAGAGAACUCUGAAAAAAACAGUGGAAAGCUGGGGAAGAAAUGGAGGAACGUCAUCACUCGCACCAUGACCCGGAAGACAUCUAAGAUGGUACAGAAAGUUCUUGCUGAGGAAGGGAUUGAGAGUGGAGAGGAUAGCUCAGUGUCUCCUGUAUCCCCGAAUGACUGGACUCCAGACCUGAGUGCUGGGAACCGGAUAUCUGUGUGUUCCAACAGUUCAGAAGACACCAUACAUUCCCCCCUGUGCCGUCAACUCUCUGGAUGUGGGGACAGGCAAAGUCUGGAUAGUGGCUUCAGUCAGAGGGACAGUAUGGAAAGCAAUUAUAAUGGACCAUUUUGUGGCAGGGCCCGUGUGCACACUGACUUCACCCCCAGUCCUUACGACAUCGACUCUCUCAAACUGCAGAAAGGUGAUAUCAUCCAGAUCAUUGAGAAGCCACCAGUAGGCACUUGGACUGGUAAGCUCAACAACAAAGUGGGUUCCUUCAAGUUCAUAUAUGUCACCAUACUCCCAGAGGAGGACACACCACCAAGGAGGAAGCGAUGCCAUAGUCAUGGUCAGGGACGGUGCAAUAAACCCAAACCAAAAACACUGGAGGAAGUUAUGGAAAGGAUUGGUCUAAAAGACCUUGAAUCUCUUCUCUCCAUGCAUGGUUUCCAAAGCUUGGAGGACUUCAGUGGACUGAAGGAGUCUCACCUGAAUGAGCUGAACAUCACAGAUCCUGAGCAGCGCACCAAGAUACUGACAGCAGCAGAACUGCUUCAUGAUUCGGAGGGAGAGUCUGAUGAAGAGAAGGAGAGAGCUGAGGAGAAGGUUGACAUGCCACGGGACUCAGGUUGCUAUGAGAGCACAGAAAACCUAGUGAAUGGGCGAGAGGAGGCUGAAACGGAGCCCAAAACGGAACCUGGUGCAGAUGAAGAUGGAGAAACAGACACACAGCUCGAAGCGGUUCAGGAGAAGCUGCAAGACCUGACUGUGGAGGAGGAGUCCUGAGAGCAUUGAAUCAACACUGGAAAAACUCUACUGCUGUGCCUCAGAGACUCCAUUUUCUCCACUGAUGGAUUGGAAGUGUUUGUAGCAGCCCAAAUCCCAUGACAAACUGACUUCAAACGUCAAGUCAUGAAUACUGAAUUACAAUGAACAUAAUUCAAAUUUCUAUUUGAUGCAGCAGGGAGGUUUUACAAUAUCAUCUCACUGAACGGACAGUGACCAUUUUGUUAUUAUUCUGAGAAGCUUUCAGAAUACUUCAACAGUUUUUACAUGAACUAUACUGUAAACAGAAUAAAAAUGGACAGUGAAAUAUCCUUUGGUUGAGGUCAUAAAUUUGCCUGGUCUUAAUGAUGAUAUAUAGUAAAAAAAAAAAUUUGAUCAUUAUAUAGUACUAUGUGGGCUGUUUCACAAUCAGGGUGUACUUUUUGGGUCCACAAGAGUCCAAAAAUCAAACUUCAGAUUUUUGUGUUUCUCUGCUGCCAAAAAUGACCUUUAGAGAUGGAAAUUAACUGUGCAGAAUUUCAGUGCUACAGGUCAUAUACUCAGCAUGUUGCUUGGGGUGAGAAGACAGCAUGUAGUGUGUUUUCUAAAAUUGGCCCAUGUUCUUAUACUCCGCAAGAGUAAGGUAUACAAAGUGAAAACCUGUUGAAAUGUAGAAGAUUUUAAGUACAAAAUUUCAAGUACUGUGCAAAAAUGUUUGUACAUGGUGGGAACUGUAACAAUACCUGAAGUGGUGAGGAUCCUUGCGGUUUUCCAGGCAGAACACUUUUUGACGUACACGUAUUUCAACCACAUGUGAAGCUCUGCUGCAAAUGUCUCACGUCAAUUUCAAGUUAUGUUUUUUUUUACUGUGCAACAACAGAGUAUUCUGCUUCAAAAGAGACAAAUAUUUUCUUUUAAAAAAUCAUUUACAACCUCAUCAUAUGGUGAGUGAUUUCCGGAGAGAACAUUUUUGAUAGACAAAGGAUAUUGUCGGAGGCACUUGGUUUACAAGGGAAAAAAAAUUUAACUUCCAUUUAAAUAUCUUUCUAUUGUGAAUGAAAGUAUACAUCCCAAAGUAAAACCUAGUUUGUGCUAAAAAAAACCAUACAAUUCUGAAUUUAAUCAGUAAAAUCUAAGUGUAAUUAUUAAAGUAGAAUUACAUGAAAUAACCACAAGGUCAAAACUGAGCCCACAUUUGACUCUGACAAACAUAAUUAUUAGAACUUAUAAGAGAUAUUACUGCUAUAGGUAGGAUAGGUAGGGCUUGUGUGUCCCUGUAAAAUAAGGUAUAAGAAACUCCAGCAUACAGUGUGUAUAUAUAUAUAUAUAUAUAUAUAUAUAUAUAUAUAUAUAUAUAUAUAUAUAUAUAUAUAUAUAUAUAUAAAAGCCUAAGUUAGUUGGUGUUAUUCAAAAAGACAACUAUGGAUUGUGAAGCAGCCCAUAUAAUAAUUUAAUAUAGUCAAUGUAAAUCUGAAAUAUGAUAAAUAUUUCAUCUUUAUAACUACUUGAUGUAAUAUUUUAAAAUGUGUUUUCAUCUUGAAUGUACAAUGCAGUAUGUGACAUGUAUUGGUAUAGUUACAAUAUUUUGCUUUAUAUUUACAAGACGCCCUGUGAUACAUUGAGACUGAAAGGGUGCUGGCUGUAGUUACUGUAUGCUUUGGGACAGUCAUUGUUGUAUACAUGUUCAAGUGCCAUCAGUGCUGUAUGUAUUUUUUCUUCCAUAUUUGUGUCAUUUUUAUGGUAGUUGUUCUAUUUGUGUUUGUCUUGCUCUUUUACAAAUAUUUUGCAAAAAUUUGUAGAGUUUACCUUGAGAAGAUAUGCCCGGUAUCAGUCAAAACUUCAGAGACACCUCAAAGCUUGUGAUACUUUGAUCUAAAGGCUUAUGCUUGAAACUGCUUUCUAUUAUAAAUAAUAUAAAAACAGUGAA